AUGGCAAUAGUUAUAAAGUAAGAUUAAAUUAAUCUUCUCAUAUACAAGUACCUACUAGAAGCAGGCCUUCAACAUUCAGCAUAUUCAUUGUACAACGAAGCUAAAAUAGAGUAAAUUUACAGAAACUAUGAGAAUGAUUUAAAAGCAGGUCACCUUAUCCAUCAUUUAGAGAGAUCGCUAAUUUUUAAUCAAAUAGAGUCUCAUAUAUACUUUAGCUAGUAUUGUGAAUGCAAAUAACCAAUGGAGUUAAUUAAGCAGCAUUAGUGUGAUGUAGUUUAAAAAAAAAGGGAAAUUAAAUAAGAAAUAGAAAAAGAGAGAGAAGGAAUGUCUUUAGAUACUAUUGGAAGAGUUGAAGGAUAGAUAGGUACAUAAGGAGGAAUAUACUAAAGCAAUGGAUAAAUACACUUCCCAGAACUUGACUAGAACUUUUUAUUAGAAAAUCUCUGCCACAUCAAGAUUGAUAAGGCCUAAGAAUUUGAAAUAUUUGAUUGGAAUCCUUAGACAAGCAUGCUUCAUUUAUAUGAGGAGAAACACAAUUGGAUUAAAAUAAUCUCAUAUAAUCCUUAGAGUUAGAAUAAUCAUUUAGUUUUUUAAACAGUUUAAAUUUUUCCUUGCGUUAUUGGGGAAUUGCUUAAAAAACCAAAAUUCAUUUCAUGGGAAUCUACAAGCUACAGUUUUAUGGUUAUAGUGUAUGAAGAUGGCUUUAUUUAGAUACUUGAUAAAAACUAUAACCAAAUAAAUAUCUUCUAGAUAGAUUAAAUUGAUAGUUUGAGGGCUUUAAAGUGGAAUCCAGAUUAUUACAAUGUUUUAUGUUUAGAAUUCUCCGAAGGAUUCGAAAUUAUAGAUAUUCCUAGCUUAGAAUCUAUAAAAAGUGUCACUGAAAAUGUUUUGUAGUUUGAGUGGGUUUAUGUUUAAAAAUAUGUCUAUCUAAAUAGCAAUUUUAUGAUUUAUUUAUGCUCAUUAACAGAGAGUGCUCCUUUACAUUAAAUUUAAGCAGAUCCCGGUACUUGUAGCUUUAGCCUUAAUCACAACUCUUCUUUGAUAGCUACUUUUUCUCAGCAAGAAAACAGUGUCAAAAUUUGGACAUUCAAUGAGACUUAACAUGCUCUAGAAUUCUUAGAUGAAAAUGAUAUCAAAUUCUAUACAUGGAGUAAAGCUAAUGCUGAUGGAUAAGGCUGCAUUAUGACUUUAAUCACUGAAAAAUCAAUUAAAAUAUGGGAUGUAGAAUUCGGUGAAAUAAAGUACUCAUACGAAUUAAAAGAAACGAUUAUGGAGUAUAGUAUAUUACAAGGCAGUAAAAAUUAGGAUUUGCUAAUUCUUUUUACUGAGGAUUAAGACAAAUAUAAGAUUUGGAUAUUUGAUCAAAACAAUAAAAAUAGAAGAGAGAUCACACUUAACAGUCAUAUGGAAUCUAUCUUAAAACUUGAUGAAGAAGAGAUGCUUGUUUUACUUGAUGACGAAUUGAUGGUUUUGAACAUAAAAAAAAUAGAAAAUCAAUAUGUUAAUGAAUCCUUCCCACCCUUUGCUUGA